AAGUCAAUCAAGAUAUUUUCUUGUCAGAGAAGGUAUCCUAUACAAAAAGAAUAGGAAGAGCCCUCAAAGACCCACCCCUUUGGGUGGUGAAAUCCAAUGAGGUAGAAAUCAUUUUACACAACUUACAUGCUGAUUCGUUGGCUAGACACUUUGGAAUUGAAGCAACCUAUCUAUCAUAG